GAACACCACCACCCCCUCCCCGGGGACACCCGUGGGGGAAGUGCCAGCACCACGGGGAUCAGCUCGCCUCGGGGCUCAGCCCAUCCAAGCCAGGGAUCAUCCCAUCCCUGCAGUCAUCUCAUCCCAGGAACAUCCCACCCUGGGUGUCAUCCCAUCCUAAGGAUCAUCUCAUCCCAUUCCAAGGAUCAUCUCAUCUCAUCCAGGGGUCAUCCCACAGCAGUAGGGAUCCGGUUCAGACCCACACCUCGGGCAGGUUGUAUCGGGGCUCGACUGGAGGAGCCGGUGUCACCUGUCGGGCUCUGUCACCUCGGGAUCCCACCCGAAUGCUCCUCCCAGGAGGAGUUAUUCUCCAGCAGGAGCGAGUCCCUGCCCGCAUCCCUCAGCACGGGGAGACUCCGAGCCUUCAUCCCUCCGCACCAGCCUCUCCCUUCUCCCCAGGCUCGCAGCUCCCGGGGCUUUUAAAGGGGCAGAAAGAGACGAAGUUGCCCGAAUCCACCAACCGACCGGGCAGCACCUGCCUCCCAGAAGCAGGGUCGGCGGCUGCCCCCGAAGGGUGUCACCGGGAGGGUCACAGCUCCCCCCGGACACCCCCACAUCUGCCACCACCUGCAGCCAGCCCAGCUCCUCUCUGCUGCCCUUUUGGGGCUGUUUCCCCUCCUCCUCCCAGUCUGAUCCGCCACCUUUUAACCCUCUCGAACGCCCUCGGUUGGGGUCCUGUCCAAAGGGGUGAGGGGAGCCGCAGCCCCCGGGUGUCCCACUCCCUGCCUGACUUCCCAGGCUGCUGGCAGAUCCCCUGCCUGGGACAGCUGGUGGCACCCAGAGCCGAGCAGGGAGGUGGCACCAGCAAUCCCGUGCUCCCAGCCCUCAGCACCUCUUGUGCCUCCCUGCUUUGAGGGAAUCCCCGGCAAAUCCUUGCAGGCCACCAAGCAAUUCCUGCCUGCUUCCCCCUGCACAUCCAGUGUUUCUAGAGGCACACA